UUCUAACAGUGAUUAAAAACAUUGUGAGGUUUUCCGCUUGCUUACAUUGUUAUCAUUAUCUGACAGUGAGCAGUGACGUUUUCAUUGAUCCAGUUAAACCGUGAGCAAUAAAUAAGUACUGAUGUGACACGGGAUUUGAGUGAAACAACAGGCUGCAAAAACUAAACUACUUUUGUUUACAUUUUCGUUUUGUUUCUCACCCCUUUAUUGCCCGUCGCGCCUGUUAACAUCCUCCACUCUUGGCUUUAGGAGCUUAUGAGGAGACCAUGAAAGCACCAAAUGAGCUCACGUGUACUGUAGCACGCAACAUUUGAGUUGAAUACGGAAUAAAACAUUAUUGUCAAUUUAUCAUUAACAGUAACAGUUUACAAAUAUUAUUAAUGAGAUUUGGCAAAAAUGCGCAAUUUAAAAUACAUUUUCACACAGUUGGUCAUGUGAGCGAGAGGCGAAUGCGUCAUUGUGUCACAAGGCAAACAACAUGGCUGCUUACUUGGUUUUAUUCACCCCUUAGCUGUUGUUAGCUGUUAAACGCUGAAUUUCAAUGUAUACUAAUGAUAAAAAACAGUUAAAGAUAGUUGUGGCGCCUUUUCUUGUAAGCAUAUGUACACUGGCACCUCUUGCUUGACUGGAAACAAGCUUGACAAAAGGUAGGCUAUAUUUAUCUAGAUUAUCUAGCUGCGUCGCACAAAAUCAGAGUCAGUUGGAUUAAAACCAUGGCUUCGGCAUUUGUCGUCGGGGAUACAUUCAGAAAUAAGGUAACGGAGUUAUUAGAAAAGCCUGACUCGUCUCUGCCUCAACGAUUGAGAGAAGAACUGGAGGAGACUCUUGCAAAACCAGAACCAACAACUCUGUCCUUUAGUACAGCGAGAAAACUCAAGAAAUGCCUUCAGGACGAAGGGCAUCCUUUCUACCUGCAUGAGUUGUUGGAGGAUAGCUCACUGCACCUUCCUGAGGUCGUGAAGCCUCCCAGAAACCCCGAGCUAGUGGCACGUCUAGAGAAGAUCAAAGCCAAACUGGCCAAUGAGGAAUACAACAGAAUCACACGUAAUGUCAACACUCAGGAAAUCAGCCGCAAUGGAACAUUAGCAGAUUUUGGACGGCAAAUGCAGUCAGUGAAAGCAUUGGUGGUGACCAUAUUCAACUUCCUGGUCACAGUCGUUGCUGCUUUUGCCUGUUCGUAUAUGGGAAGUCAGUACCUGUUCACUGAUACUGCAGCGCGAGUAAUAUCAGCUGUGAUCGCUGCGUCUGUAGUCGGGCUUGCUGAGCUGUACGUGCUGGUCCGGACCAUGGAGGGAGAACUAGGGGAACCAUAGCAGCUAUGCAAAACCAGCGAACUGUAAGCGCCCUCAAAGCAGAAUUCUGGCAGCCCCACCAAGCCUACUGAUUCAGAACAGACAUCUCCCUUUGCCGUGAAAACUUGUGGACUUUUUGCUUUUUAUUUGACGGGAAAAUUGGUGGAAUUUUUGAGUAAGGUAAAAAUUAGUGAACAUUUUCAAAUCAAUGACACUAGUAGCACUAAAUGGAAGCUGUAACAUUACAAGAAAGAAAAUUGGUUCAAAAUGACAGAAUAUCUGUUCUUUGACUUUGUCAAAUACUACAGCUUUAUCUGACAUUCCACCUGCUCAGACUUUUUUAUUUAAUCAAAAUACGAGUGAUAUUUAUUUAGUUAUUUUGUAUUUCAUAUUUUUCCUCCAUCCUCUUUCUCAUUGGCACUGCUCUAUAACAAUCUGUUCAUUUACCUAUGAUUCCUUCCAUUCUGUUCUCAGAUGUAAUCAUAUUUUUGUGUUCAAUAAAAUCAUCAGCACUAACUGAAGCUAAUACAUAAAGCUGACAAUCCUCCAGUUAGUGUUACCUCCCCCGAUAAAGUACACUUUCCUCAUCCGCACUUUGUACAUGUUUCUUCAGGAGAUAUGGAAACACUAUUGUGAGGACACUUUGGAACUUUAAAUAUUACUUCACUGCAAGUUACUGCUUUUAGUUUGAGAGCUAAAAUACCUAAAAAUGGCCCAUAAACGUAGAUGUAUAAAACAUUAAAAGGGUAAGGCUGGUGUUAUUCUAUAUUUUUCUUACAUGUCCUACACUGUCUGUGCCACUCAACCCCAAACACAUUCAUUUCUGCUAAAGACAAAAACUUAAGAAACGGGUCACAGAAGUUUCAUUUUUUGAAAGUCAUUUCCUAAAGCAGAUGGGCACUGUAGUUUUUAGCAAACGUUACUCAAACAGGAAGAAAUCGUGCGUUUGUUGGGGACUAUUUUUAGCCGCAGACUAAUAGCCCAUACACAUUUGGUGCUCUAGUGAGUAUUUACAGCAGCAAGACAGCACAUGUGGGAUUGAGUCGACAUAAACUGCAGUGUGUGUGUUCAUGGUAAUGAAGGAACAUGUCACUCAUUCAUGUGCCAUUAAAUUUCAUCCCCACAGGAUGAGUUGUAAUCACUUCGGUGAUCCCUAACUUUCCAUCUAGCGCCAUCAUCAGGCCAAAAUUGAAAUGUGUCCAAUACAUUGCUUUAUGACCGAAUACCUGCAAAACUCACGACAUUCCCAUCAGCCUCAGCUGUACUAAUGUGUUUAUUGCUAAUUAGUAAAUGUUAGCAUGCUAACAUGCUAAACUAAGGUGGGGAACAUUACACAAAGCUCUUCUGUGUCUAGCACAGCCUGACAGAGCAUGGCUUUAGACCAAGACUUGUUGGACAACAGUGGAGCUCCAUGGCACAGAGGAAUAAGAUAUACCGGCCUUUGGAUACGCACACAAUACUUGUUAUUUGGAUACCGGUCCGUUCAUUGUUGACAAUAAGCCAAAUACAGAAUAUCACCACCCGUAUCCUUUCAGCUGUGAUUUGAUAUGAUUUUCAUCAAUACUCAAAAUGUAAUGCUGAGCAGUAUUAGUGAUAGCCAGUUACUUUUUCCUUGCUUAAAUUGAUCCUGGAAGUUCAUUCUUGACCUUGGGAAGAGUAGUUUGACAAAUAGUAGUUUGUCAUUCUCAACUGAGCAAACUAUCCACCAAUGAAGACCUUGAGAUAUGGUUGAAAGCCCUGGAAAAAGGUUAUAAGUGGGCCUUGAGUGGAGUUAUUUUGUCACGUUGUUUGUUUUAUUUUGCUGUGUAGUUGCCCUUGUUUUGACUCUUCUAAAUAACACGCCAGCUGUGGCAUCAGUUAGUAAUGCUGUUAUUUUAUCAUCCAUCUCCACCUGACAGAUGUGGUAAUAAUCGUCUUCUGAUCUGUGCUUACUGUAUCUGGUUUGAAGUGAAUUAUAGAGCCACCCAACACAUGAAAAACAAGCGAUUACUGUACCCCAGAGGUACAGUAGCUGUGCUAGAAGAGCGAUAACACCUUGUAUUUUAUUUCAAAACAAUUCCAGUACGACACAGAAGAUCUGUUUUCUCUGAUCCCUUCUCCAGAUAUGAAUUCAUAUUUUUUUGUAAACUAUCAUAUCCUCUUCUUAUUAAGUCCUGUCAUAUCAGUGGGAAGAUUAAAAGAUGUAACUACAUCUGGAAUACAAAAAAAAAAGUAUCUUCCUAAGAUCUGAGAUUUGACACCCGGAUUAAAGGUUUAUUGAAAGAUUAUUCGGUAUUAAAGAUGAUUAUGAUAUGCAGAGGUCUCUGUCCAGCGCUGGACGAGCAGUGUGCGCUACUGUCUGUCAUAUUUGCCUCUGUAUUAUACCUCUCAUGUAAUAUUUCCAAACUUAAAUCCAGGCAGAAUUACAGAGCCUGUAAGCUGAUAGACCCUGAGCUCUGGGCUUUAAUUUAGUUCUUAUUUUUCAUUUUUCUUUCCUUCCCUCUGUCCAUCUAACCCUCCUGGUACUUACAGCACAGAGAGAUAUGAAAAAAAUAUAUAUUUUGACUUAGAAAAUAAUUAUUCCUAUCUUACCACAAGGAAUCAUUUUAAUCAUGAUGUUUUGAAAGAUAAUACCCGUGGGGUCGCAGCAUUAAACAUGCCAGGGUUCAGCUUAGAGAAGGAAAACAGGAGCUGGCAUCUGCGAGAAGAAUCCAUGUCAAGUACAUCAGUGGUUCCACUGGGAAGACAAGUUGCCGGGUUACUGAGUGAGCUGAUCUACGAAUCCUUCCAUUAGUCCUUUAUUUGUUUAGAAAACAUCAAAAUGAGACGAGAUGCAUGCAGGAACGAGUCCUGAGCAUAUAAAUGCUUGACUCUUGACCCUUUCGCAUUACUUAUUUGAAUUGCUUUGGCUCCGUGUUCACAACAGCUCAGUUUCAAUUAGCAAAACUCUGAACACAAAACGCUGCACUCAGAAUCUCAUAGAGCACACAAAUCAAAUUAGGUAAAACAUCCCACAGUACAUUUAUCAGGGCAGUACUACAUUGCCCGUAUAUGUUCAGCGCUGAGUUUGCAUCACUGUUGUUGGGAAAUAAAAAAUGCUGUCAAACAGUAGCCAGUCCUCAUCAAAGCACCAUCUGCAGUGGUAAUUUCCUCCAAAUGAUAGAAACAGCGAUGAGAAAGAAAUGUGACAUUCCAGCAGAAGUCAGUAUUUGAAAUAAUAUAGAGUAAGAAUGACUUUUGAAAGCUUUCAUUUUAUUUAUUGGAUAUGUUGUAUCGCUGUAAAUAAACAGUAGA